AUGGGAAACGUACCGUCAUUUAGCUUUGAAAAUCGAGAUGAUAUGAGACGAAAGCUUGAGGAAGAAAUGGAAAAGGCAAAGGGAACUUAUUGGAAUCGUCACGAAUCCGUUUGGGACAAGCAGCUGGAGGAGUUUGAAGGAUAUUUUGCCGUGUACAAGGGUGUUCGCAAAGAGAAAGACAUAGCACACUAUGUGGACUUGCGGUGCUUGCUUGAACAUAACAACGAAAUCGUUCCCGGACGGGGAGACAACGCUGGUACAAAAAAUCACAGCAAGAAGCACUUGAAAACUAUUCGAGGGCGUAAGAUUUGCGAGACCAACAAGUCCAAAGCUCACUUGCUUCCAAACGACCCAGUUUGCAACGAGUUUUGGCUACCAGAGCUUCAUAUGGUCCUGGGGAACACUGCGGACGCGACUGGUACCCCGGCAAAAGCCUUGGAAUGGGCAGCACGAACUCAUACCAACAAGCUCGUUUUUGGUAUGGAGCACUACCAUUUUUUUGAUGAUCUUGAGUACGGAAACAUUCUCGCCAUCCCACUAUUUGAAUCAUUCGAAGGAGUGGGACAGUGGAAUUACAAACAACCCUAUGAGAUGCUCAUUGUUUGCGACUCCAUUGAAUCUUACAGGCAAGUCGGGAUUCUUGGGGACGAAAACCAUGUGGAGAUGGCUAGUUGCGAAGACGUUCAGCGCGCCACACAACUCCUUUCCACGGCUACGAAGAUUCUUGCUGAUUCGCUGCUAGUCAACUCGGAUUUUUAUGACAAUGCUGGUGAUGGUUCAGGUGAAUCCCAAAAGAGAAUGAGCAUGAUGAAAGGAUGA